AUGACGAGGAAAAGCGACAAGAAAAGAGACGUCUUUGGACGAAAUCUCUCGUAUCUGUUGUCGUGUGUGCCCGAUCUGGAACAACUCGAUGACAUCGAUUUGUUUUCGUUCGAUAUGGAGAGUGGUUACACGCCGCUGCACGUGUGUUUGAAGCUAGGCCACUUCGAAAAGGCCUUUCUUUUGCACAAAACCUGGAAACUCAAAGACUAUACGCACAAGCAGGGAAAACCAAACGUUUGGGACCAAAAAGAUCGCGAGGGACUCACGCCGCUGGAGCUUUACAGGUGUUGCAAUGAUAUAUGGACUUCGACAGCGAUACCGGUCGCUAUAUAUCCGGGGCUCCGCGGCUCUGAUCAGGAGGCACUAUCGAUGUUGAAAUGGCAGAAACGCUUUGACAGUCAUAGUGAUGGUGGUAAUUGUGAAAAAGCAGAACCUGGGCUACCAGCCGUCUCAGAGCUUUCUAACAUGUACCAUUUGCACAGGGGUGCGCGCGAAAUGUUUACGUACGGCUCGAACGUGAAUAUGCAGCUUGGAACCGGUGACGUGGACGAUAGACAGAACCUGUUCAAAGUGGACGAGUACAGGCUUUGUGGGAAAGCGAAUUUGACACGUGCAAGGUUCAAGAACGCUAUUAUGACGCGUUAUCACUCCGUCUUUAUGAACAUGGACGGUCAAGUGUUUACUGCAGGUUCCAACACGAGAGGGCGCCUCGGAAAUGGGAAAUCCGACGUUUCCAAUUUUCAGCACCAAGUUGUUCCCCUUGAGUUGGACUACGUGAAACUUGUUGCUAGCAGUGAUCAUCACACGCUCGCAUUAACGCGAUCGAAUGACGUGCUAGGGUGGGGUUGGAAUAAGUUUGGUCAACUGGGCUAUUCCACAUCGGGAGCUGCAAGUCUGAAUCCUGACAACUCCGUUGACAAUACUUGCUCUUUUAAUCCGCGCAAGAUUGGAAAUUGUCCCUGGAAGAAAACAUGGGGUGGAAGCAUAAAGCACCUAGCAUGCUCAAAGGUGCAUUCUUGUCUCAUUGACGAUCGUGACACGCUUUUCGUUUGGGGGCUCAAUUUGGGACAAAUGGGGGUGGCUGCUAACGUCAGUCCUCGGACUGAGUUAAGCCAUGCUGGCAAAACUGGGGAGCCGCUGAGUUCGCCAGUGGGAGUGAAGCUUCCUUCUUAUGUCAAGAACAUUAGACAAUUAGCCUGCACAGACUUUACAACAUUCAUUCUUUUUGGUGAAAACCAAUUGUGCGUCCUAAACAGCUAUAAGGUUCUACGAUUCACUAUUCCAAAGGCGGAGAGCAAACAACAACAACAGACAAGUAUCAAUCAGUUUGACGUUUUUACGCCUGUAUCUAUGAGUCGAAAAAACAGCGUCAUCAAAUUAAAAUCAUCUCAUAUUUCUGGCAAUAAUUUAUGUGUGCUCUAUGAAAAUGGUGUGGUAGGAAUUAUUCAGGUAUCUUCAUUGGAAGACUCAUCGCAUGGCUGGUCAAGACUUUCAAAUAUUCUACCGGUUUCGUUGUACUGGCUGCCUCACUUCGGGUGGAAUAAGUGUUUGGAUUUUGAUGUUGGUUCUAAGGGCCAACUCAUUCUAUGCACAACUGGCGGAUCUGUGUUCACAUCCACUAACGAACCCGGCACUGUUUUCCGUCAGCAAAAAUUCAGCAGACUAGCCCCGGGCAGAUGUGUGAGUGUUUCGUGCGACUCCCUCUUUUCCUCAUUUGCAAUUCUAAAGGACGAUCUAGAUUCUAUCCCCAUAGGAUUUCCGCCUAAUAACAUACUCCAAAAAAUGGAGGCCAUAUCGCCUUUGCAAUUCACUCCGCUACGACGAAUUGAAGGUGAACAGUCGUCUGAUCUGGAAGAAAGGAGCUAUUUGUUUGAGAGCUUUUCAAUGUUUCGUGACCAACACGAAUUGUCACACGAAAUGACGAUUGACUCCGAUUUGCAUGUUACGAAACCAAUUCGUCCACACGACCUACUCUGGACCAAAGUAGAAUUGCGAUGGUCAAAAUCAAGUUCUUUAGAGUUUUCGCAGAUGUAUCGCACUGCAAAUCCGUUGUUAGUCAAUUCAACUGGGGCGCUAUUUGGAGGUACAGAUAAAUUCGAGGUGACUUUUGUGAGUCAGAAAACAGGAGAGACAUUAAUUGGUUGUCAUUUGAACGUCCUUGAAGCACGUUGUCCUAGUUUCUCUCAGCUAAUUAUGAAAGAUGGGAUCGUGGACGAGAAGAGUCAAAGUGGUAUCUGCGUCACUCUCAUUGGAAAAUGCGGCCUAGAUGGGGGGUUCUUCAUGAAGCUGGCUGUAACUUCGGAGAAGUUUGCCCUUCAGGGCCUUGCGUUUGCUAUCGAUUACCUAUACACCGAUCAGAUACCGAAUUUCGAUAAGAUAAGUGACCAAUCUGAGAGGCGACGGCUGGAGAGAUCUACCAUGGCCUUCAUCAAAUUUUUGGGCCUCUAUCUGACAUCUUCUGAAAAAUCUAGUCUCCCAUACGCCUUCAAAUCCCUGCUUGACAGAAGUAUGGCUUCGGAAAAUGACGGGCACACUGAUAAAGUAUCUGUCAAACUUGAUAAUAAUGACAAUUUCCAAUGCUUUCCAACAGUUUUAGGGGGCAGCUCUGAUUAUUUUGGAGCCCUACUCUCGAAAACGUGGUCGGGAGAAAACAAGCUCAAGCGAGAUGUUAAUUUGAAGCAUGUGAGUAUGAAUGAGUUUCUUUGCAUACUCAAAUAUAUGCAUGGAUAUACGUUCCAUGAGCUAUUUUCGCAUUCUUCUUUCGAGGACCAUCUGGAUUUUGUUCAGUAUCUACUGGGUGUCUGUGAAAUAUCUGAUCAGCUUCUUAUACCAGGGCUCAAAUACUAUGCCGAAAGUGUCAUCGCAGACUUCAUUGACGCUGAGAAUGUGAUUGCAAUCAUGGUAAACGCGCAAAAUUUGAAGUGCAAGGCACUGGUUCUGGUAUGCGCCUGGUACCUUCUUCACAACAUCAAUAUUCUCUUUUCAGAGAAAAACUUUGAACUGGUGAAUAAAUUUGUGAAGAAAGACAUCUGGGGCAUUUUAGAAGGUUUGUACCGGGAGAAAGUAUCCCGGAACCUGGUACGAAAGUUUGACACUUGGUAUGGGGAUCAGAAUGUCUCUUCUAGAAGUUUUACAGACCUCUUUAUCAAAAACACGGAGAAGUUCAACAACAUAGUUAUGGAAAAUACAACGUUCAAGGCUAUUUUUGACAUCUGCGACCAGUCAAACAAACCUGCAACGUCCAAGAGGCCAUCCGAUAGGCGCAAAUCGUCUUCGUCUCUGCCUAAAAAGGCUUCUUUGUUACAAGAAGAUUUGACGAAUAUUCGUCGACCAUCUUCCAGCAAAGAAUCGAGGGGGCCCAAUGUGUUCAGUUACAAAAAUAUUACGAAGACUGAGGAAAACGAAAGUGCCAUUGAAGACGAGUCUUUCGAAAAUCAGGGCUUCACUGUUGUAAGGAAAAGCAAAGUAGUCGGCUUAGUCGCGCAAACUAAACUGGAGGAUGUUCGAGCCGGUAUGGUGGAAUCAGCUGAGGCCACUUCGUCUACCAAUUCUGUCAAGAUUGAAAAAUCUAAGAGUUUCAGCAAGGGUUCAAGUGGCGGACACAGAGAAUUGUUCCCGACACUUUCAAAUGCCAUGAAGACGGGCAACAACUUAGAGGAUCUGACAAAAGACUUGAGAAAAAUUCCAGACUCUGCCCGCCAGACUCUAAAGGCUCUCCCAGGCUCGAGUUCAAAGAAAAUCUCCCAGAAAGAGCGUAUGCGAAUCAUUUCGAAGGAGAAUGAUAGCGCCGAGAAGAAAUCAGAAGAGAAAAAAACUGCGUGGGGACGACAGUCUGGUCGAAAACUUUCCUUACCAGCAGCGGUGGCGGCACCACCACCUGUAAAGACAAAUAGGUUCCCUUCCAUUUCAGAAUCUCGUCUGAAUUCUGCAGGAAAGAGAAAAGCAUCUACUGAUGGGCUUAGAAGCACAGGCGAAACGACAGCUAUACCCUUGUACCUUAACAACACCGGUCGAUCUGAAGGGCAUACUCGCUCUUUAAAAGAGGCCCGGGAAGAGGAAAUUUUUACCAAAUGGUGGAAUGAAGAAUCUGCCAAAGUUCAACAAGAACUGAAAAGACAGCAGGCCUUUGAGAAUAGUAUGAUGAGCUCUUUCCAAAGUCAAGAUAAAAGCGCUGGUGAAUUACACGGUAAUGAGAAUUAUCCAAAAGGUUCACGCAACAAACCCAGGCGCACGAAAGUGCAUAUUAAAUCAAGUGUGUAA